CGAGUCAUUAAGGCCGCAAGGCUCAGUAUCUGGUUCUGGGGUUUUGUGGGUGUUAUAAUAUUCGUCGAAUUUCCCCAAAAGCAAGAGAACUUUUUGGUGACCCUUCUUUUCCUUCUUCUUUCUCUUCUCAACCGGAUCGAUUUCAUUCUCUCUAAUCGGGAGUUUUGCUCUGCUUCUGCCGUAGCCAUGGGGAGAGGAAAGUACAAGAGCAAGCCCACGGGUCACCGCAAUUUCUCGACUCCCGAAGAGAUGCUUGCUGGAACUUCUACUCGCCCUCGCACGUUCAAAAAGCAAGAAGUUGAGUAUGAGGAAGAACAAGAGUCUGCAGAAGAAUCCGGCGAGGAGUCUGGAGAAGAAUCAGAUGGAAACAAUGAGAAGCGUAAAGGUACUCAAGGAAUUAUUGAGAUUGAAAAUCCUAAUUUGGUGAAGCCAAAGACCUUGAAAGCUAGAGAUAUUGAUAUUACCAAAACAACUGAACUUUCAAGACGUGAAAGAGAAGAAUUGGAAAAACAGAGAGCUCAUGAACGAUAUAUGCGACUACAGGAACAAGGGAAAACAGAACAAGCAAGGAAAGACCUAGAGCGUUUAUCCCUUAUAAGACAACAAAGAGCAGACGCUGCAAAAAAGCGAGAAGAAGAAAAAGCCGGUAAUAAUUAUCAAGAACAUUGUAGUUUUCUCUUUGCUUAUUUAAAUAUUAAGCAUAUUGGUAUUAAUGAAUUGGUGAUUUGCAGCGAAAGAACAGAAAAAGACUGAAGCUCGCAAAUGAUCUUGUUGAAAAAUCGGUUCUGCUGCGGCUGCCUUGGAAUGAGACAUAAAUGUUUCUUACAGAUUUGCUUGCCAGUUCUCAUAUAUAUAUCUAUGUCAUCUGUUCGUACUUUUUGCUUGACAGUUUAUGUUAUUUUUAGCUUGUAACUUUAUAUCUGCAAGUAGUUUUAUUUUGCUUUAUUUUAUUUUCCCAAGUUAUACAUUAUCAUAUUUGAGACAGUAUAGUUUUAACAACAGAAUCUCAUUAAGAUGGGUGUAGUUAUUUUUACUGCA